AUGAAAGUGUGGCACGUUGGAAAACUUCGUGACAUUAGGUACCCGUUUUCCAUUAUUUUGGAUGUGUGGCAACAUAAAUCGUUUUUUGCAUUAAUAUGAAUGAGUGGAGUCCUCUGGCUAAGGUCUACGACCCCCUCAAGGCUGGUAGUAUUGACAGUACUGACUUGGAGCCCCAUGACAGAGCGGUAUGGAGGGCGAUGAAUGCCCGUUACCAGCCCAACAAAGGCACGGUGGGGGAUGCACAGCUUACUCUCUUUGUCGCGCGGCUCAACAAGCUGACCACCCAAGAGGAUCUUCAGAACCUAUUCUCCAAAUUCGGAGACAUCCGCCGAGUCCGACUCGUCCGAGACACAGUCACAGGCUUCUCCAAAGGGUACGCCUUCAUCGAAUACAAGGAGGAGCGUUCUCUAAUGAAGGCCUGGCGAGAUGCCAACAAGAUGGUGGUAGAUCAGAACGAACUCUUUGUGGACUUUGAGCAAGAGCGCAGCCUGCAGGGCUGGAUCCCCCGGAGACUUGGCGGGGGGCUGGGAGGGAAAAAGGAAUCUGGACAGCUGAGGUUCGGCGGCCGGGACAGACCGUUCAGGAGGCCGAUCAGCGUGCCUGGGGCGGCACCGCAGGGCAGAGCCACUGAGCGCAGGAGGGACGAGAGGAUGAGGGACAGGGACCACGGACGACGGCGGGACCACAGGGGUGAAUGGGACAGAGGGAGCGAGCGUUAUACUCGAGACUACAAUAAAGACAGGAGGGACUCCAGGCGAUGCGGGGAAAGGAGCAGCGCAAGAGAAUCAAACAGCAAAGGAAGACGGGAGAUAUCGGGAUUCUUACAGAGUCUGAAAAAAGACCUACACUGACCUGAACAGUAAAAAGCUCAAACGUUGUUAUUCAGCAUAUUGUAACCAUACACACAAGAUUUCAAAGAGCAUAACGAAUAGUUGUGUAUUUCUUUUUGGAAAUGAACCUUCACUCCAGAGUUUAUUGUUAAAAGGUUAAACUCAUAAGGCAGACUAACAAUUUCAAUGUGUAUGAUUAGUUUCUAGUAUAUGGUGAAAUACCUCCAACUUGAUGCGUAGAGAACCGGAGUUUUAAAAGUAAUGUAAACAUGCCGUACUGCUGCCUAUUUGCAGUAUGACACAAAACCAGAAGUGUGAAAUGUGUCUGGAUAACACUAAGGUGAAUAAUUCCUGUUUCAAUUUGUGUUACAAAAAUUAUCCAAGUUGCUUAACUAUGUACAAAAAUCACCAUGCUGUACACUGUAUAAAAUACUUUAAUGGGCAAUGAGAUUAAAUUAUGAAACAUU